AAUUUUAAUAAUCUACGCUACUAUAUAUGCCUUUUAGAUCAACAGCACCAAUUCCAAGUGUAAAAACUGCCAAUAAAUCGGCACCCCCCUCUACAAUUCGACUCAAGGGUUGGCUGAAUAAACAAAAGCAUGGAAAAUGUAAAGCCUGGCUCAAAAGAUACUUUGUCUUAUAUGGCGAAGAGCUUCGAUACUACAAAAACAAGAAUGACACAAAUGCCCUAGCAGUUAUAUCCCUUGAUCACUAUAGUCUUGUUGCCAAUGCACAACCUUUGACAUCAAUGAAUCAAAAACAAUGGCGAUACCACACAUUUUGCUUAGUGUCGGAUGAUGAUACUAAAUUUGAUUGGCCUGACUAUUUCUUACAAGCCGAAAAUGACUGCGAAAGAGCCGACUGGGUCGACAGCCUUCACGAUCAUGUUUCGCAAUCCAAGAGUGUCUUGGAGAAAUGGCUCGAAAGAUUAGAUAUGCCAGCAGAAGAAAUUACUGUCAUGACUUCCAUAUACAGUCACGAUGACAUUGAUCCAUCUCAAGAAAAAGCUAGUGUAUUAUCAAGCGUAAACUUGCCGCCUCCACUCCAUCAUCAGAAAUCAAAUGAAUCUUUCGGUACUCUUGCAACGCAUUCCUCAUUAUCAGUAGAUGGCGAAAGUAGUAAAAGACGUCCUUCAGAUUUCACAGCAUCUCGAAGCACAGAAUUAAUAACCGGCAAAUUAUUUUCAACAAAAAUUUUUAAUUGGUCUCGCACAAAAUCUUCUGCUUCAUCUGUUACUUCUUCUGCUCGAUCCAUCAGUACCAGCAUCAUUGAAAAUCAAAGCAGUGAAUUCUUAUCUGCCCCACAUACCCCUUUUAAACCUAUAGAAUCCCCCAUCAUUCAUCCCAGUGAAUAUAAUCACGACGACGACCCAAUGGAUCGUUUAAACGCAUCACUUAAAAAUAGCAAAUCUACCACUAAUGAUCCUACUACUAAUUAUUACUAUACACAAAAAAUUAUGCACGAAAAAGAGCCUACUACUGUUUGAUACAUUACUACCUUUCCUUUUUCUUUUAAAUAAACACAUAUGCAUAUGCCCUUUUUUUUUAAUAAUAAUA